GAUACUGGGAGGAGCAUAAAGGACUGCUGGGAUAGCCCAGAUGCCCCUGCACUUUCCACCUGCAGCAAUGCAGAUAUAUUCCGCCGAAUAAAUGCCAUGUUGGACAACUCUUUGGAUUUCAGUGGAGUCUGCACCACACCUGUCACAAAAAGCAAACGUGACAUCCUCCCAGACUUCCAGGACUCUGAAGAAGCAGUGGCAAGCAGGAUGCUUUUCCCCACGUCCAUGCAAGAGUCUUCCCGUGGCCUCCCAGACACCAACGAUCUGUGCCUUGGCCUGCAGUCCCUCAACCUGACAGGGUGGGACAGACCCUGGAGCACCCAGGACUCUGACGCUGCAGCACAAACCAGCCCACAGUCCGUUCUCAGCAUGCUGAGUAACCCUCUUGGGAACGUCCUGGGGAAGCCCCCACUGGGUUUCCUGCCUCUAGACCCCAUUGGCUCAGACCUGUCAGAAAAGUUUUCCACGCCAGCGCUGAGGAACUCCCGCCUGGAUUCCCGUUCCCUCCUGGACUCCCGUUCCAGCAGCCCCUCGGACUCAGACACCAGCGGGUUCAGCUCUGGCUCUGACCACCUCUCAGACUUGAUUUCAAGCCUUCGCAUCUCCCCCCCUCUGCCCUUCUUGCCCCUCAGUGGGGUGUCAAGAGACCCCCUAAAGAUGGGAGUGGGAUCCCGGCUGGAUCAAGAUCAGGCUGCCUUGGCUGCAGUCACUUCCUCUCCAGCCAGUGCAUCAAAAAGAUGGCCUGGAGCAUCUGUGUGGCCUUCCUGGGAUCUCCUGGACUCUCCAGAAGACCCCUUCAGUAUUGAAAGAGAAGCCAGGCUUCAUAGGCAAGCAGCAGCUGUGAAUGAAGCAACCUGCACCUGGAGUGGGCAGCUGCCUCCCCGAAACUACAAGAACCCCGUUUACUCCUGCAAGGUGUUCCUGGGAGGAGUCCCAUGGGACAUCACGGAAGCUGGACUGAUCAACACCUUCCGUGUGUUUGGCUCACUGAGUGUGGAGUGGCCUGGUAAGGAUGGCAAACACCCACGCUGCCCUCCCAAAGGUAAUAUGCCUAAAGGGUAUGUCUACCUUGUGUUUGAGUCGGAGAAAUCUGUGCGUGCUCUGCUCCAGGCCUGCUCCCAGGACCUGCUGAGCCCAGAUGGGCUCAGUGAGUACUACUUCAAGAUGUCCAGCCGCAGGAUGCGCUGCAAAGAGGUGCAGGUGAUCCCCUGGGUGCUGGCAGACAGCAACUUCGUGCGCAGCCCCUCGCAGCGGCUGGACCCCAGCAAGACGGUGUUUGUGGGGGCCCUGCACGGGAUGCUGAACGCAGAGGCCCUGGCAGCUGUCAUGUAUGACCUGUUUGGGGGGGUGGUCUAUGCUGGCAUCGACACGGACAAGCACAAGUACCCGAUUGGGUCUGGCCGUGUCACCUUCAACAACCAGCGCAGUUACCUGAAGGCCGUGUCUGCUGCGUUUGUGGAAAUCAAAACGACCAAGUUUACUAAAAAGGUUCAGAUUGACCCUUACCUGGAGGACUCCAUGUGCCAAGUGUGCAGCACCCAGCCUGGCCCUUUCUUCUGCAGAGACCAGAUCUGCUUCAAGUACUUCUGCCGCUCCUGCUGGCACUGGCAGCACUCCAUGGAGGUUCUGCGCCACCACCGCCCCCUGAUGCGCAACCAGAAGAACAGGGACUCCAGCUAA